UCAUUUUUAUUCUUUUUUCUUUUUUUUCUUUUUUUUUGUGUUUGUUUACUGUUAAUUUGCAAAAAAACGUUUCCAUGAAAGGUUUGUAAUUACUGAUCACAACUCACCGAUUUAGGAGAGAAGCGAACAUUGCAUCCACAAAUUGGAGUGUUUCGAUGAGGAACUUGAGAGAUUCAUGAGAUGGCGCAGCUUGGGGGAGUUCAGGUUUAGGGUUUGAGGUUCAGGCCUGGUUGUGGAGAUGUUGCGACAUUAAGCUCUUCAAUGUUUUUGCAGGGAGAUUCAUCAAGAUAUGUGCUUCUCAGGGACCUUGCUCCGUCAGCCAAGGCGGCUGGGUAGAAAUACGCCGCUCCUGGUAUUGUAAACAGAAAGUAGAUGCAACUCUUUGCGAAUUGAAUGUUUGCUAUGCCACAGACCACCUCGAAAACACUCGGAAAAACAAGCACUGUAUUAUGGGACAUGUCAUCUUGCAACUUCUCAUUUUUCUACCUCAAUUUUGGUCUCCCAAUGGUUCUCUAAGCAUGCAUUCGUUUGUAACUUGCACCGAUCUCACCCUCCAUUUCGAUGGCUGGAGUAAUGCUCGAUUGUGGGGCUAAUCACGAGGAAAAGAACGUGUUGCAAUUCUCCGGAUUCCGGAACUGCUUUUGGCCAGCUCUGAGGGAGUGGCACCCUACAGGAAUCGAGACCUAGUUUUAUCUUACCGUAUCCGACCAUAUGACCAUCAGACCAUGGACAUCUGGCCUGCUUCCCUAACCCCACCUGUUCAACAUGCCACAGAGAUUUUCGGACUCCGCCGGUGGGUUCAUGGGCUUGAUGAGCAAACCGGACAUGUCGAGCAAUGAUGGACGCCAGGAUGAGUCUGAAGAAAGGAUCGAUAACCAGCCUGGAGGAUCAUCUCCAAGUCCCCUAGAAUUAACAAAGGGCCAUGGCGACUCGGACACUGGUGUCUUAGGUCCGAAUUCCGGCCGUGGCGCUUCGAGUGAGGUGACUGGAGCAGACCAUCGCCCCUCAAGCUUCAGUGAAUCUCAGUUUGGGCUUGACGCGAAGACAGUAUCUUACGGCCACGCGGCCGCAGGCUCGCGUAACGUCAAUUCCCACGCUGAUGUCGAUGGUUUUUGCGUAUCAAGACCAUUGUGCAGUACGGAGCGAAACGCAGGUGGAGAUGGAUGCAACCUUGACAACACAACAAGCACGCAUGGGGUCAAAAAGCACGGAUUGAUCAACAAAAUCAAAGAGAAGUUGCCGGGUCAUCACCACACAGCGGGUCGGGUAAUCGAGAACGAUCCUCCGAAGAAGGCACGAUGGAUAAGAUGAGAGCAAGAGUGAGAAGCGACCACGCCAUCUCGACAACUACCCUACCACCCAAACUGACAUUCUGCUCAACUGUAAGGAACUUGGAGCCCUGCGAAUCUUAUCAGCUAAUCAAAUGACUUAGUAAGCUUGCUACUGCUGUGAUGGCAGGAUCUCGAAUUUGCGCAAGGGAUGGCAAGCCUGCGGACUCCAGUAAGACGUGGUGGGUCCUGCAGAAACGUCGGAAUUAGGACUUUAGAGAACCGACGCACAAAUCGCACAAUUGUGCAGAGUCCAUGUUCUGAAGCUGAAACUUACGGUGCUUGGUUCGUCGCAAUUAUACUCAAAUCGCAUCUGAUCGUCGCCGUCGUCAUUCGAUACGAUGGAUUAAGUUCUCGAUCGAUUGCGUCUGCGACUGCGAAGAUCAGGCGAUGCGUUGUCAAAGCCUCUCAUGCAUCUCACUUCUAGACUCUUUCGGGUUUAUGGUUACCAUCCAGAGAUUUGUAACCCUAAACCCGAACAUGCAUGCAUGCAUUGGUUUCCGACAGAAUUUUGUACUGUAAUGCAAGAAGACUAAUUCAUUUUGCAAAGUUUUACAUUUUUAAUACUUUUUGUAGAAUGGAUAUGUGAGAAAUAUAUUAAAUAGG